UUUCAGGGAGCCUAUUGGCUCCUACACAUGGGACGCAACACGCUUGCGCGCGGCAAGAAGCGACGCGGUAGCCAAUCAAAGUUCGCCAACUGUCGCCGCGCGGUAACCGUUACCGUGUUCAGUUGCGCAUUCCGUGUGCACGUGCAGCCCAUUUUACUUCGAAAGUUCUAAUUACGUCUUUAUAUUAAACAAUUUGGUGUGUAUCGCCGAUUGCGAGCGACUUGGAGCUCGAUUUGAAGCGAAUGCAGCGAAUAAUUCCGCCAUUACAAGAGUUCCCGGUCGUAUUGUUUUAUUAUUAAUAGAAACUCGGCGACGAUUCGCUCGUUUCAUUGUGUCGAUCACGGCGGUGAAACCAGAGGUCGACGAAGACGAACGACAACGACGAGGACAAUCCGUCCUAAAGCAUCAGUCGAAACAACGAGGUCUCGUAUGAGCACGUGAGGAACCGUUAACAACGGCUACGCUCUCCGGCGGAGAACCUCGAUCGAUUUAGCUUUGCACCAUAUGAUGGCCAAAUCUAGCGACUUGGAUUGGCAAAUCGAGCAGCUAAAGAAGUGUAAAAUUAUCAAGGAGGCUGAGGUUAAGGUACGAGGUGCGCAGGUCAACUUGUAUGCAAAAGCGAGUGAAAUCCUGAUCGAGGAAAGCAAGCCUAUAGGAUGUCCCAGAGAUGACAACACGCGCCGAGCUACAAAUUUUGAAAGAUGCCUGUGCCAUUUUGUGUCCAAUCGAAUGUGUUACCACGGAAAUGUCGGGCGAGUCGUAUGUCACGUGCAGCAAAAUCAUCCCCAUCGUUAAUUGCCUAGUGAAAACUUUGGAAAAACUGAACAUUGAGCACGAUAUUUCAGACUAUCUGCACAAAAAUAUUUUACGAGAACUUCGCAAAAGAUUUGUGAAUGAAGAUUCAAACGUUGAAAAAAACGUUAUGCUCGCUAUAUCCACUUUGCUGGACCCACGCUUCAAGAAACUGCACUUCCGCAGUCCAUUAGCUGUUUCUACAGCAAUGAGUAAGAUAUGUCAAUUGAUGAAAGAAAAUCAGAGAGAGAGUCAAUCUACUGCUGUCGUAGAUAAUAUAUCAAAUACUAUUGAGAAAACAAAAGAUUUGUGGAACGUUCACGAUGAAUUGAUAGCAUCUUCAUCAACAAACUGCGACGAGCCUGGUGGCGUACCAGUCGAACUUCGACAGUUCCUUAAUGCUAAUGUCGUCAACAGAAGCGAGGAUCCACUAAAAGUUUGGUAUAAACUGAAGGAUAUUUAUCCAAAGGUGUACGAAAUAGCCAUGAAAUAUUUCGUGAUUGUGGGAACGUCUGUCCCAUCUGAACGCUUAUUUAGUGCUGCUGGAGAUAUUAUUAGCGCAAAAAGAAGCAGAAUUACUGGAAAAAGGGCAUCGGAGAUUAUAUUUCUAGGAUCUCUACCUAAAAAAUACUGGACCUAAGUCACAGCGGUGCGACGUCUCACCCGUAUACCACAUUAUUAUUAUUCAAAGUUUCAUUUUGCCAUAACUAUUAUUCAUUUUACCAUAACUAUUAUUAUUCAAAGUUUCAUUUUGCUUCGUUUAUACUUGUACUUGAUAAGUCGAUUUUGGUAACGAGCGUAUUAAUGUAUUCACUGCAAAUUUGUGCAAGUGGGGUAUUCUGUUGUAAAAGAAUUUCGCGACUUUAUGAUGAACAUGUAAUAAUUCUUUUUCGUUAUUACUUUAGUAACCUUCCAUAAUUUUAACAAAGAGGCACUAAAUUAUAAUGUCAAUAUCUCAGAUUACGUUUGUAUGUUAUUUUUAUGCGAGGAGUGUGUCUGCGUGCAUUCGCCAAUUAAUGAGGUGACAUAAUAGUAUCGGUACAGUAGUGUCGAACAAAAUAUAUUUGCAAGUAAUGGAAAUAACGACUUUAAGUAUAUGUAUAUUUUCCUGUGAAAAUAUAUAUUUGAAAAUAAUUAUUUGCAAAUAUAUUUCAGCCAAUAUUGGGACGUACAUUGAGAUGCAAUUAUCCAGAUGCGAAUUAAGGCAAAUGCUCCGAAAAUAAUUUUGUAAUUGAAGACAGUAUAGAUAUUGAUACUGCAUCUACAGCAAUGAUUUAAGUUUAUUGAAUGUGCAAUUAAAUAAAAAUUUUAUAGCGUGUUGCAAUUA